AUGGAACACCAAGCCCCAUCAACCCUCCAGCGGCUAGCGGUAGUGAGCCUACUGAAGAAGGAGGAGGCCUUGGCCAUUUCUGCUGUGGUGGGCUUGCCCUGGUUCCUGUUCCCAGCCACAUUUGAGGUGGCCUUCAGGAACAAUCAUACCAACAUCCUGAGGGCCAUGGUGCCUGCCUGGCCAUUCACAUGCCUUCCUGUAGGAGCCCUGAUGAAGACCCCACACCUGGAGACGUUGAAGGCUCUGCUUGAUGGACUAGAUGUGCUGAUUACAGAGGAGGCUUGCCCCGGAAGGGGGAAAACCAGAGUGCUGGAUUUGACAGAUGUGAACUCUGAUUUCUGGAGCAUAUGGAUUGGAACGUAUAAAAAGGACUGCUCUCAUCAGGACAUGAGACAGAAGAAGUCAGUGGAGACGUGUUGUUACUCAGUGGUGAAGAAAUAUUUGAAUGUAGUAACUGACCUCAAACUUGUGAACAGCCAGCUCGAUGAAUGUACCAUGUACUUGUGGCAAUGGGCCCAGCAGAGAAAAGGUUCUGUUCAUUUAUGCUGUCAAAAGCUUGAGAUUUGGGCAGACUCGUCUGAUGUCAUAGACAUCUUGCAGUCAGUGGAUCUCCACUGUAUACGUGAGCUGAAGGUGACAUAUUUACAGAUAGAAGACAUGGCUCUUUUUGGAUCGUAUCUGGGACAGAUGAGAAACCUUCACACACUCAUGCUGGAAGACAUUAUGAAUACUUACAGAAACAUUGACUCUGAAGAGCUCAAAGAGGAGUGGAUGAACACAUUGUUCUCACAAUUACCCAAAUUGCACUGCCUACUGCAUCUCUAUGUAGAUUAUAUUCAUGUUCUAGUUGGCAGCCUGGCAGAGUGGCUCAGGCACCUGAAAAAUCCCUUGGAGACCCUGUCUAUUACUUGCUGUCACCUCAUACAGAGAGACUUGGAUUACCUACCCCAGUGCCUGAACCUUUGUGGACUUAAGCAUCUCUACAUGAGUUACACAAUUCUUGAAGAAUUGAAACCACUUGGAAAGCUCCUUGAGAGAGUCAAAGACACCUUGCAAACUCUGGAUUUGGAGCAUUGUUGGCUGGAAGAUUCUGCAUUUAGUGAUUUUAUGCCUGCCCUGAGCCAAUGCUCCCAGCUCCUCAAAAUCAAUUUUGUCAAUAAUAAACUGUCUCUGCCCCUCCUGAAGCAACUCCUUCAACACACAGCCAAACUGAACAAGCUAACCCAGGAGCUAUACCCUGUUCCUCUGGAGUGCUAUGACAAUAGAGACCAAGUGAUUAUAGAGAGAUUUGAUGAAAUCUGUCCCAAGCUUCUGGAUAUACUCAGGUCCAAAAGACAGCCCAAGGCAGCCAGUUUUGUGUCCACCAUCUGUCGUAAAUGUUUUCGGUCCUGUGUCUACGACCUGGAGGGCAGACAUUGCCUUUGCUGGCAAUAA